AGCCAAGAUGGUGAGCCAGCAUCGAAGCGCAUCUGUCUUCGAGAUGGAACAGCAUCCUUUAACCAGGAAGGUGGUACCUCCAGCAUUCCCCAAUCCCCAAGUCUCGAGGACAGUAAUGCGUCCUCUUCGCGCCGCACUGCAGACAAGUUGCAAUGUUCUCGAUGUCAGCACACCUUCUCAGCACGCCAUAAUUUACUGCGACAUCUUAGAGAGGUCUGCAUAAGCGAGAAAAGACCUUCCAAGCAACAACGUAUGGAGGGUGAUAUUACUAACAAUGAGCCAACUAUUGCAGAUUUCAUCACCCAGACAGCCGCAGGUGUCAACAUUAGACGAGUGAACCCUGCAACACCCCCCGUCGCAGUGCCUGGAACCAGUCGAAUGAGUCCUACACCAUCCGACGUCCCAGUGCCGGGCGCAAGUCGAGAGAGAGUUCAACCACCGGCAACGAUUCACAAGCGAG